CGUGACGUUUCUCUUUCGACGGCGCGACGCAGCUCCCUCCCUUAUUCCAGAGCUUCGAACAAGCUUGUCCUCACCGAUGUGGAGUUCCUCAACCUCCGACGAUCAUAUUCCGACCAUCGGUUCUCAUCAACGAGCUGAUUUGGCGUGCGGCGAACUACAGCGGCGAGCUGCGAUUUUCAGCUCAGACCAGCGGCGUUCUUCUGGUCUGAGUUUCCAUUCCUUCACGGGAUCAUUGGCGGUGGUCCUCCAGUGACUCUGAACCAUUUCCGAUAGCAUUUCAACGUUCCCAGCUUUCUUCGUCAGCUCGCGACGCCAUUUCCAGAAAACGCAGCAGAGAACCAUUUCAGAACUGAUCUUCCUGAAAUUUUGUGAGCUAAUGCAAGGAAAUAUGAAUCGUCUUGAAGCUUGAGAACACCAGAUCGAUUUCUGUUGGAGUGUUCUCUGCAGAUUCCUUGUGUGACGGCAAGGAGAAGACAAGUUUGGUUUAAGAUUUGGUGUCUUCCUUUGCAACAUUGCUUGAACUAGACCCGGAGAUUGAAAGAACCUUUUGGGCUUUAAGGAGACACGCUAGGUCAGCAGCAACUUGUGAGAGCAGAAUUUCAGAGAUGGAUAAUCAGAUAACAGAAGGGGAUCGAACUAUGAAAGAGCUUGCAGCACCAGAUGUGGCUUAUAAGUACUCAUAUAUUACUUAUCCAGACUUGGCAGGAGAUUUUGAACUUAGAUCAGGACUUAUUCAUCUGCUUCCCAAAUUUCAAGGCUUAUCAGGAGAGGAUCCCAACCGCCAUCUACAUGAGUUCCAUGUGGUGUGUUUAACCAUGAAGCCACAAGGGAUUUUAGAAGAAGACAUUAAGUUGAGGGCUUUUCCAUUCUCUUUGACGGGAGCAGCUAAAGACUGGUUAUAUUGCCUUCCAGCUGGAUACAUUGCGAGUUGGAUUGAUAUGAAGAGAGCCUUUUUGGAGAAAUUUUUCCCAGCUUCUAGGACUGCAACUAUCAGGAAGAGCAUUUGUGGUAUUCAACAAGUAGUGAGAGAGACUCUUUAUGAUUAUUGGGAGAGAUUCAAGAAGCUGUGUUCGAGUUGUCCACAACAUCAAAUUAGUGACCAGCUCCUUGUUCAAUAUUUUUAUGAGGGUUUACUUCCCAUGGAUAGGAGCAUGAUAGAUGCAGCAGCUGGAGGAGCCUUGGUGAAUAAGACUCCAAAUCAAGCAAGAGAGCUAAUUUCAAAUAUGGCGGAAAACUCACAGCAAUUCGGGAGUAGAGCUCUUGGGACUAGAGUGGUUAAUGAAACUCAUUUGGUUUCGAAUGAGCAACAAGAAAUUAGAAACAAUUUGCAAGAAUUGACCUCUCUAGUGAAGCAAAUGGCGUUGCAAAAUUCGAGUCAUGUUUCAAAUUUUCCUUUAUCAAUGAUGAAGUUGUGUGGAAUUUGUUCAAGCCAAGAUCAUUCUUCAGAUCAUUGUCCUAAUUUAUAUCAAGAUGAAUCUGUUGCAGCCAUUUCAAGACCUCAAUUUCAGCAACACAAGUAUGAUCCCAACUCUUCAACUUAUAAUCCGGGAUGGAGGGAUCAUCCUAAUUUGAGGUAUGUGAACACAUUUUAUCAGCAGCCAACACAAAAUCAGAUUGGUCAGCCAUCAUUUCAGCAUCAGCAGAAUCAACAUUAUUUCCAGAACCAUCCAGCAGUUCAUUCUCAGCAAAAUCAGCACUUCCAGCAGCCACAAUUUCAGCAAAACUUCAACCAAAAUCAGCAAUUUCAACCAUUCCAGAAUUUUCAGCAUUCGAAUGUUGCAUUUCAGCCACAAUUUCAGAAUGCACAGAAUCAGCAAAACCAUUUCCAGCAAAUUCAGCAACCUGUGCAGAAUUUCCAACAGCCAAGCAGUUCGAAUCAGCAUCAAUUUCAGCUUGCACUUCCAUCUUCUACAAGUCCUAGAUCAAUGCAACCUCAGCACAACUUUAGCAACUCGAAAAUUGAAGAUUUGAUGCAGCAAAUGAUGCAACAGCAGCAACACCAGCAAAGAACUGAUACAACGCUGCAAAACAUUGAAAGACAGAUUGGGCAACUUGCUAGUAACAUUAAUCAGAUGCAAAAUCAAGGAUCUGGACAAUUGCCUUCACAACCAACUCCAAAUCCUAAAGGAAAUGUAAGUGCAUUAACUCUUCGAAGUGGUAAAACAAUUUCAGAGCCAAAUCAGAAGUUAUCAGCUGGAACACAGCAGAGUUUUUCCAGACCAUUUGCAGAUUCAAACCUACAGAAUUCUCAGAUUUAUCCAGCAAAUUCAGAGUCAACAGAAUCUGAACAGAAUGACAUUUCUGCAGCUGAUCAGCAACAUUUCAAUCAACCUGCAACUUCAGAAUCUACUCAAUUUGGUGGAGCAGAUUUUAGUUUGGAUUUUACCCCAACAGCAGCUCCAAAUUCAGCUCAAAAUUCAGCACAGAACCUGGGAAAUUCUAGGCAGAAUCUGGACAGAACUUUUAACCAGCAAGAAGCCGAGCAUUCCACUCCAUUACCUUUCCCUCAAAGAAGUGUACAACCAAGAAAAGAAAUGGAGGAAGAAAAGGCUAGGGAAUAUCAAGAAUUGGUGAAAUUGUUCAGCAAAGUUGAAGUGAAUGUGUCUUUGCUUACCAUGAUCAAACAAAUUCCGAAAUAUGCCAAAUUUCUCAAGGAUCUUUGUGUGCACAAAAAGAAAUUAAAGGGGAAUGAAUUGAUAAGUAUGGGAAAGAAUGUCUCAGCAUUACUUCAGCCAGUUCCUCAGAAGUGUGAAGAUCCAAGAGUUUUCACCGUGCCUUGUGUUAUAGGAGAUUGUAUUUUUGAGGAUGCGAUGUUAGAUCUUGGAGCUUCUAUUAAUGUGAUGCCUAAAUCAGUUUUUCAGUCAUUAAGAAUUGGACCUUUGCAGCCUACAGGUGUAGUGAUUCAGUUGACCAAUAGAAGUCAAGCACACCCAGCUGGAGUGAUAGAAGAUGUAUUGGUAAAAGUGAGGGAGUUAAUUUUUCCUGCAGAUUUUUACAUCUUAAACAUGGAGGAUGAUGUGCUUGCAAACAGGGCUCUGCUUAUUCUUGGACGUCCAUUCUUGAAGACUGCUAGAACGAAGAUUGAUGUGCAUGCUGGAACUCUUUCUAUGGAGAUAGGAGACACGGUGGUUAGAUUCAGCAUUUUUGAGGCUAUGAAGCAUCCUAGAGAGGAUCAUUCUAUACUUAGCAUGGAUAUCUUGGAGGAGUUGGAUGACAUGGAUUUCUUGUCAGAUAUUGAUUCAGAUUUAGAGGUUUCUGAUUUUGGUCAAGAGAAUGAAUUUGUUUCUUUGUUGGAGGAUAUUUUAGAGGUGGAAGAAAGUGGAAGUUCGAGUGAAUGUGUAGGGGAUUGCUUAGGAGAAGCAUUACCCCUAGGAUCGCUCAGAGAGGAAGAGGUAUGCGUAGGGGAUUGCUUAGGAGAAGCUCUACCCCUAGGAUCGCCUACAGUUGACCCGACACAGGAGGAAUUGAAGCCAUUGCCUCAGCAUUUGAAGUAUGCCUAUUUGGGAGAAAAUCAGCAGCUACCUGUCAUCAUAGCUCAGAAUUUGGAACCGGAUCAGGAGGAACGAUUGUUAGAGAUUCUGAGACAGCAUAAAAAGGCCAUUGGAUGGACUCUGGCAGAUAUUCCUGGGAUCAGUCCUUCCAUUUGUAUGCAUAAGAUUCACUUAGAGGAGGAUGUGAGGCCAGUGAGACAGCCACAGAGACGACUAAACCCAUUGAUUUUGGAUGUUGUAAAGAAGGAGGUGACUAGACUCUUACAGGCUGGCAUCAUUUAUCCGAUUUCUGACAGUAAAUGGGUCAGUCCCAUCCAUGUGGUUCCGAAGAAGUCAGGGGUGACAGUGGUAGCUAAUGAAGAGAACGAACUGGUGCCCACGAGAGUGAAGAAUUCCUGGAGAGUAUGUGUGGACUAUAGAAAGCUAAAUCAAGCAAGCCGAAAGGAUCAUUAUCCACUUCCUUUUAUUGAUCAGAUGUUAGAGCGGCUGGCAGGUAAGUCACAUUAUUGUUUUCUUGAUGGGUACACUGGUUAUUUUCAGAUUUGCAUCGACCCAGAGGACCAGGAGAAGACUACCUUCACCUGCCCUUUCGGUACAUUCGCAUAUCGUAGGAUGCCAUUUGGAUUGUGCAACGCUCCAGGUACUUUUCAGCGAUGCAUGGUGAGUAUUUUUGGUGAUUUAUUAGAGCAUUGCAUGGAAGUAUUCAUGGAUGAUUUUUCUGUUUAUGGCUCUUCUUUUGAUGCAUGCUUGGAAAACUUGUCUCGAGUUUUGAGUAGAUGUAUCGACACGGAUUUGGUUUUAAAUUUUAAAAAGUGUCACUUUAUGGUAGAGCAUGGCAUUGUUUUAGGUCAUAUAGUCUCUAGGAAAGGCAUUGAAGUAGAUCCGGCUAAAGUUAGCGCUAUAUCUUCUUUAUCUUACCCCGCAUGCGUUCGGGAGGUGCGAGCUUUUCUUGGUCAUGCAGGAUUCUACAGGAGAUUUAUUAGAGACUUCAGUAAGAUUGCUCUACCAUUAUCUCAGCUACUUCAGAAGGAUGUUUUGUUUGAUUUCGAUCAGAGGUGCAGAGAGGCUUUUGACAUAUUGAAGGAGGCUCUUACUUCAGCACCUAUUAUCGGACCCCCAGACUGGUCCUUACCUUUUGAGUUGAUGUGUGAUGCUUCAGAUUAUGCAGUGGGAGCUGUACUGGCACAGAGAGUGGAUGGAGCACCACAUGUUAUUUGCUAUGCUUCCAAGACUUUGGACUCAGCUCAAGCAAACUACACAACAACAGAAAAAGAGCUUCUUUCUAUUAUUUUUGCUUUAGAUAAGUUCAGAUCAUAUCUUCUUUGUUCUCAUGUGAAUAUUUUUUCUGAUCAUGCAGCUUUGAAGUAUCUCCUCAAGAAGCCUGAUGCAAAGCCUAGAUUAAUCAGAUGGAUGCUUCUGCUUUAAGAAUUCGACGUAGAGAUACGUGAUAGGAGCGGGAAGGAGAACUUGGUUGCAGAUCACUUGAGCAGGAUUGAAGGAGACUUGGACCAUUCGACCAUUGAUGAUGAUUUCAGGGAUGAGCAGCUUCUACAGCUGCAAGGUGAGUCUCCAUGGUAUGCGGAUCUAGUGAAUUUCUUAGUUGCACAUGUUUAUCCCAAACAAUUUUCAAAAGCUCAAAAAGAUAAAUUAAAAAGUGAUUCAAAAUUCUAUGUUUGGGAUGAUCCUUAUUUGUGGAAAUUUUGUAGUGAUCAGAUCAUUAGGAGAUGCAUACCUGACUCUGAGUUUCAGUCUGUACUUACUUUUUGUCAUUCUUUUGAGUGUGGAGGGCAUUUUGGACCACAAAGAACUGCUAGGAAAAUAUUAGAAUGUGGUUUGUAUUGGCCUACCCUUUUUCGUGAUGCUUAUGCUUUUUAUCGAUCAUGUGAUAGGUGUCAACGAACUGGGAACAUAGGACUUAGAAAUGAAAUGCCUCAACAAUUCAUAUUAUUUUGUGAGAUUUUUUAUGUUUGGGGUAUUGACUUUAUGGGUCCAUUUCCUGCCUAUUUUGGAUUUGCAUACAUUUUAUUGGCAGUUGAUUAUGUUUCCAAAUGGGUGGAGGUCAUUCCCACUCGGACUGAUGACUCUUCUGUUGUUGUUAGUUUUGUCAGGUCUCACAUAUUUUGCAGGUUUGGAGUACCCAGGGCGAUCAUAAGUGAUCAAGGGUCUCAUUUUUGUAACAGACACAUGAAGGCUUUGCUACAUAAGUACGGGGUUACACAUAAAGUUUCUACAUCCUAUCACCCGCAAAAAUGGGCAAGCAGAAGUGUCUAACAGGGAGGUGAAAUCAAUUCUUGAAAAGACUGUGAGACCAGAU